GUCGCAUAUAUACGCAGUCAUAUAAUUAUUAAAUGAAUUGUGUGUAGUGAACUUUCAGCUAAAUUGCAUUUUAAUAGCGGAAAGAGGCGUGAGAAACGGUUUUACGAGUGGAAUGCGACUGUUCUCAUUAUCAAGUUAACGAGUGACAAAAUUUAUGUAAAGAAAGUCGAAUUUCCUGGAGAUUCAAACGCCAGCAAUGGAAUGUGGGACAGUCUGUGAAUGAGGAUAAACAGAAGCUCGCAUGAUUGCGUGAGGUGAAAAGAUCCGACUUCUGGCUUGUGGGUUCAUUUUCCCGCGGGUCAAAACAACCUCGCAGUAAAAUUGUUCUUAAAUGUACUACGUGAGCACGAAUAAUCAGUUUCGUUUCUGGAGCGGCGUUGUUCGUUUUUCGUAAAUUGAUAGACGAACAAAAAAAGGUCGGGAGCACAGAGAAUUCGGUUAGGCCCGUUCAAGGUGGGAGGGUUCACGGUACGGUUGGCAGCGAAGCCGGAGGUUGUCGUGCCGACAGGUGGUACUACUAUCUACACAGCGUUCUCCGGACCCAACCUUGGGAGGCUGUCAUCUGCUAAAAACGUUGAGCAUCUUAUCGACGUAACGGCCAGGGACAGGAAGGAACCGCCGCAACGGGCUCAGGGUGAACUGGAGCAGAGAAAUAGCCGGGUGAGCAGCCCUCGAGCGCCCUGAGAGCGCUUGUGGCUCGCCAGACCUGACCUGGGCUCCGUCGGGUGACGACAGGUGUUUGUCGUUGGACUAGAAAACAACCCUUUGGUAGCGGCCGACGACGAUGUCUGGGGGACCUUUGGAAGGGUUGCCCAAGCAGUUCGUUCACGCGAUGCGCACUCUUUUCGACAUUAUGGACGACAAGAGAACUGGAUUUGUGCGAUUCUCGGAAAUCGAAAACCGUUGGCGCGACGAUGGCACCAAGGGAUUGCCGAAAGGUGUCAUUGAGAGCCUCCGCAAAGUGACUCCGCCUAAUGGCCUGCUCUCGUUCGAGCGCUUCUGCACCGGCCUCAAAAUAUGCCUGCUCAAAAACCAGAAGGUGGAGGGAAAAUUGGGCGAGGAGCAGUCGACGCGGCCCUCGAGGCCGCCCUCGGCGCCGUUGCUGGACGUCGAGCCAAAAAGCCCGAAGAAGUCAACGCCGCCGUGGCACCAGCGGCAAAACUACGCCCAACGCACGGUCAGCAUGCCCCAACUCGUGCCGAAGGACAACAAAGAUGAGCCGCCCGCGCCCAAGCCGGUCACCCAGGGGCCGCCGAAGCCGCCCCGGCUCAGUCUGGGCACAAACCCCGCACCUGGCGCCAUUGAGAGGGGCAUAGACAAACUGGAGAUCAGGACAGCACUGCAGAAUUGGCAAAUGGGAAUUAUGCAAGCGGACAACAACAAAAAAAAUACGAUUAUAAAUGGUUACUCGUCGCUGGGUAGAAAUGUUGGCAGGAGUUUGGGCGAUGGAAAACCUUCAGGCCAAGUGGAAACCGCAUUGCAAACGCACAAAAAACCCGGUGGCAGAAGACGAGACCCAAGGAGACACACCUUACAAAGUGGCAUCGAUUACAAUAUGUUGCGUCGGAUGAAACAAUUGGAGCAAGAAAAAGAGGUGCUGUUGCAAGGACUGCAGGCAGUCGAGAGGGCGCGAGAUUGGUACGUGACACAACUAGCCACUCUCAACGAAAAAAUGCACUUCCUUGGUCGAGAUUCUACUUAUCAUUCGGAUCAGUGGUCAGAGGCGCAAAUGGAAAGGCUUGGAAUGCAAAGGGCCAGGGUGCAAGAAGUGAACCGGCAGCUCGCCGCCCUUACCGACCCUUCGGUGCCGCUGCACAUGAACCUGGCAGUCGGAACCGCCACUGAAAGUUACAUUUCGCGGCUGAAGCAGCAAAACCAUCUUUUGACUGAUGAGGUGCAUAAGAAGAGCGAACACAUCACUGCGUUGGAACGAGAGAAGGCAUCCCUUAUUCGGGAACUUUUCCAGGCUCGGGCGCAACAAGAGUAAGGAAGUACUUAUCAAAGUAGUUUGAUCUCUUUUUCGAGCUUAUGCUGCUUUCAUUAAGAUUAAAAACAAUGGAAUAAGUGCUGCCACCAUUUAUGAUCUCUCACGCAUAAAAGGUAUCUUGUCCAAAUUUUCCAGUCAUCGAGAUAUUUGUGUGACAAAAAUGUUUCGUUUUUAUUUGCUCCAAUUUUUGUUUUUAUGGAAUAUGACAAUAUUAUUAUCUUGGUGCUAACCACAAUUAAUUAUCAAGACGCUUUGUUGUUUGUGAAAUUUGCUUUUAUUCGAGACAUGUUUAACGCUAAAUAAAACAAGACUAACUAUGCAAA